CGCGCCGGGCCGGCCAGGGCGGCCAUGGCGACCAGGAAGGCGGGCUCGCGGCUGGAGACAGAGAUCGAACGCUGCCGCUCCGAGUGCCAGUGGGAGCGGAUCCCCGAGCUCGUCAAGCAGCUGUCGGCCAAGCUCAUCGCCAACGAUGAUAUGGCUGAACUUCUCCUAGGGGAGUCAAAGUUGGAGCAGCACUUGAAGGAGAAGCCCCUGCGGCAGGGAGCCAGUCCCCGGGGCCCCAGACCCCAGCUAACUGAAGUGCGCAAGCAUCUGACUGCUGCCCUGGACCGAGGAAACCUCAAGUCAGAAUUCCUACAAGAAUCCAAUCUGAUCAUGGCCAAGCUUAAUUAUGUGGAAGGAGACUAUAAGGAAGCCCUGAACAUCUAUGCCCGGGUGGGCCUUGAUGACUUGCCGCUGACAGCCGUGCCUCCCUACAGGCUGCGGAUGAUUGCUGAAGCCUAUGCUACCAAAGGACUUUGUCUAGAGAAGCUGCCUAUUUCGUCCUCUACCAGUAAUCUCCAUGUGGACCGGGAGCAGGAUGUCAUCACGUGCUAUGAGAAAGCUGGGGACAUUGCACUCUUAUACCUUCAGGAGAUAGAAAGGGUAAUCCUAACUAAUAUUCAGAACAGAAGCCCUAAGCCUGGCCCUGCUCCCCACGAUCAAGAACUAGGUUUUUUCCUAGAAACAGGACUUCAGAGAGCCCAUGUCCUCUAUUUCAAAAAUGGGAACUUGACAAGAGGAGUCGGGAGAUUUAGGGAGCUUCUCAGAGCAGUGGAGACGAGAACAACACAGAACCUGCGAAUGACUAUAGCCAGGCAGCUGGCAGAAAUCUUGUUACGAGGCAUGUGUGAGCAGAGCUACUGGAACCCUCUAGAAGACCCUCCCUGCCAGUCACCUCUGGAUGACCCUCUCCGGAAAGGAGCCAACACCAAAACCUACACCCUCCCUCGCAGAGCCCGUGUCUACUCAGGAGAGAACAUUUUUUGUCCUCAAGAAAAUACUGAAGAGGCGCUGCUGUUACUGCUCAUUAGUGAAUCUAUGGCCAACAGAGAUGCUGUGCUGAGCAGGAUUCCGGAACACAAGAGUGAUCGCCUCAUCAGCCUGCAGAGCGCGUCCGUGGUCUAUGAUUUACUGACCAUUGCUCUUGGAAGAAGAGGCCAGUAUGAGAUGCUGUCAGAGUGCUUAGAAAGAGCCAUGAAGUUUGCCUUUGAGGAGUUCCACCUCUGGUACCAGUUUGCUCUGUCACUGAUGGCUGCUGGGAAGUCUGCCCGUGCUGUGAAGGUGCUGAAGGAAUGUAUCCGGCUAAAGCCAGAUGAUGCCACCAUCCCACUUCUGGCAGCCAAGCUUUGUGUGGGUUCCCUUCACUGGUUGGAAGAGGCUGAGAAGUUUGCCAAAACUGUUGUUGAUGUGGGAGAGAAAACGUCAGAAUUCAAGGCCAAAGGCUACCUCGCUCUGGGGCUCACAUAUAGUCUGCAAGCCACUGAUGCUUCUUUGCGAGGGAUGCAGGAGGUCCUGCAGAGGAAGGCGCUUCUUGCAUUUCAGAGGGCCCAUAGCCUGUCACCUACAGAUCACCAAGCAGCUUUCUACCUGGCUCUGCAGCUCGCCAUCUCCAGACAGAUCCCAGAAGCUCUAGGGUAUGUCCGCCAAGCUCUUCAGCUCCAGGGUGAUGAUGCCAACUCCCUGCACCUCCUCGCUCUCUUGCUGUCGGCCCAGAAGCAUUACCAUGACGCGCUCAACAUCAUCGACAUGGCCCUGAGCGAGUACCCAGAAAACUUCAUACUACUGUUUUCCAAAGUGAAGCUGGAAUCGCUCUGCCGGGGCCCAGAUGAGGCACUGCUCACCUGUAAGCACAUGCUACAAAUAUGGAAAUCCUGCUACAACCUUACCAAUCCCAGUGACUCUGGACGUGGGAGCAGCCUCUUAGACAGAACCAUCGCUGACAGACGACAGCUUAAUACAAUCACUUUGCCAGACUUCAGCGAUCCUGAGACAGUGUCAGACUCCUCCUCCUCCUCUUCUCUCUCAAGAACCGAGUCUCCUCUCCACCUGUCUGUGUCCUCUCCUCUUCAUUCUCAUCCCAAACCUGACGUCUUUGUGUGGCCCCCUGCUGCUCAUUCAUUCAGUGACCCACGCCCCCACCCGGAAACUCCACUCUGCAGCUCUCCAGAAGCACACUUUCAUGGUUUCCCCUCCCUCUUUUCAGUUAGCUCCGUCCAUGCCACAUCAGUAGCAGCUUCCAGAGUGGAGCAAGCCCUGUCGGAAGUGGCCUCAUCUCUGCAGAGCAGUGCUCCCAAGCAAGGUCCACUGCAUCCCUGGAUGACGCUGGCACAGAUCUGGCUCCAUGCAGCUGAGGUCUACAUUGGCAUUGGAAAGCCUGCUGAAGCCACAGCCUGUACCCAAGAAGCUGCCAACCUCUUCCCAAUGUCCCACAAUGUCCUGUACAUGCGGGGCCAGGUUGCUGAGCUUCGAGGAAACUUCGAUGAGGCCCGGCGGUGGUAUGAAGAAGCCUUAUCCAUCAGCCCUACUCAUGUGAAGAGCAUGCAGCGACUGGCCCUGGUCCUUCACCAGCUGGGCCGCUACAGUCUAGCUGAGAAGAUCCUCCGGGACGCAGUGCAGGUGAACUCGACAGCCCACGAGGUCUGGAAUGGGCUGGGCGAGGUCCUCCAAGCUCAGGGCAACGAUGCAGCAGCCACCGAGUGCUUCCUGACAGCCUUGGAGCUGGAGGCCAGCAGCCCUGCCGUACCCUUCACGGUCAUCCCCCGUGUGCUCUGAGCGGGCCACUCACCUCACCUGCCACAUGGGCCCAG